AUGACACCACUGGAUAAGUUCGCCAGUAUCGAGGUUCGUCGUGAGGAUGAGUUCUCACCGCUGAAGAAUGCCCGUGGCACCGGCGAAGAUGACCCCGACACUAGCCGUGAUGAUAUUAUGGCGCAGGGCCAGCGCUGGGUCGAGGCCGCCGGUGGUAUUGUCGUCACUGAGGGUGAUGCCAAGGGUGUUGAGGUGUCACCCCUGAUCAGCUACGCUGGUGAGAACUUGGAUUUCCUCAAGGGACGACAGAUUAAGGCUCCUGCUAUCUUGGAACGUGAAGAGUAG